AUGGGGCAGAUGAGUUCUUGCUCUGGAUCCCCGGGAUCCACCAGCAUUUUCCCAGAGCCUGGACUCAUAGGAAAGAGCAUUGUGCUAAGCAACCAGAAUGCCAAAGACAUUGGGUCUGGGGCUGAAGAGCCACAAAGGUACACCAAGCUAGGAUGGGUCAAGGGGAAGCAAGUCACUGUGCUGGGAAGCCUCGAACCUGUGAAUGUGUUUCUGGGGAUCCCUUUCGCUGCACCCCCUCUUGGAGCCCUGCGAUUUUCCAGUCCACAGCCUGCGAUCCCCUGGGUUGACUUGAGAGAAGCCACCUCCUAUCCCAGUUUAUGCUUUCAGAACCCAGAGUGGCUCGCCAUAUAUCAAAAAGUACUCCAAGUGCAUUACCCUAAGUUUGAAGUCUCAGAAGACUGUCUGUACCUCAACAUUCAUGCGCCAGCCCAUGCCAACUAUGACUCCAGUCUCCCGGUCAUGGUGUGGAUACCAGGAGGUGGCUUUGAGACUGGCUCAGCCUCCAUCUUUGAUGGGUCUGCCCUGGCUGCCUAUGAAGAUGUGCUGGUUGUGACCAUCCAGUACCGCCUAGGAAUAUUUGGCUUCUUCACCACACGGGACCAGCAUGCCCCCGGGAACUGGGCCUUCCAGGACCAGCUGGCAGCCCUACUAUGGGUCAAGGAGAACAUCAAGUUCUUCGGUGGAAACCCUGACUCCGUGACACUCUUUGGUGGCUCAGCAGGAGCCAUAAGUAUUUCUAGUCUUAUUCUGUCUCCUUUGAGCACGGGCUUAUUCCACAGGGCCAUCAUGGAGAGCGGAGUGGCCAUCAUUCCGAAUCUGAAGGGCCUCGAUGAUGAGCGGAGAAAUGAUCUGCAGGUGGUUGCUGAUGUCUGUGGUUGCAGUGUGUUAGAUUCCCAGGCUAUGCUGAAGUGCCUCAGGGAAAAGUCUUCCUUGGAGUUGCUGAGCCUUGGCAAGAAAACAAGGUCAUUCACUAGAGUGGUCGAUGGUUCUUUCUUUCCCGAUGAACCGCUAGAGCUGCUGUCUCAAAAGGCAUUUAAAGCACUUCCUUCUAUCAUUGGAGUCAAUAACCAAGAAUGUGGUUACAUUCUGCCCAUGAAGGACACCCCUGAGAUCCUCCUCGGCUCCAACAAGUCUGUUGCUCUUAACUUGAUACACAUUUUCCUGCACAUCCCUACCCAGUAUUUGCACGUUGUAGCUAAAGAAUACUUCCAUGACAAGCACUCCCUAACUGAGAUCCGAGAUGCUUUACUGGACUUGCUUGGAGAUGUGUUCUUUGUGGUUCCUGGGCUGGUCACAGCUCGAUACCACCGAGAUGCUGGUGCACCUGUCUAUUUUUAUGAGUUUCAGCACCGACCCCAGUGCUUUGAAAACACAAGGCCAGCCUUUGUGAAGGCUGACCACACAGAUGAAGUCCGCUUUGUCUUUGGAGGUCCUUUUCUGAAGGGUGACAUAGCCAUGUUUGAGAAAGCCACUGAGGAAGAGAAGUCGCUAAGCAGGAAGAUGAUGAAAUACUGGGCUAACUUCGCCAGGAGCGGGGAUCCUAACGGGGCCGGCCUGCCUCCGUGGCCAAUCUACGACCAGGACGAGCAGUACCUGAAGUUGGAUUUGAACAUGAGUGUCGGACAGAGACUGAAAGAUCAGAGAGUGGAUUUUUGGACGGAUACCCUCCCCCUUAUCAUGUCUGCUUCAGAAGCACUGCCCAGUCCCGCUUCCCCCUUAAUCCUCUUUUCUCUACCUCUGCCUUUCCUUUUCUCUGUCGCUCUUUAGAAGUCAUCACUGUGUGGUUCUGAAUUUUUUUCCUCCUUCUAAGUUUCCCCAUUAACCAUUAUCCUCAUUCCCAGUUGAGCUGCUUUCUGUGGGAAUCUCUGUUCACUAAUCUGCUUUAGCUGCUGUUUUAUGGGCUUAGGGCUGAACCUCAUGAAAUUCUUUUCAAUGACUAAAAAUUCAAUUUGUCUUAGAAGGUAAUGAGAUUUUCUCAAUGAGUCUGAAGGAGGCCUGGCC